AUGUUUUUGCAGUCUUUCCAGGAGAAGAGCUUUCCGAUGCCAAGGGAUGCAGAGUGUCGAGGUGAUGGAGUUUUGGAAUAUACUUCCUCAGGAAUCACACUGUUCUGCAACAAGAAGCAAGCAGCAGAAGCUGGUACCAGCAGACCACUGUCAGGACUUCCGAAUAUGAACGUUCUUCCUUGGAAGAACAGUUCCAGUUUUCAAACAGGCUCUGCACAGUCGACUCAGCGCGCAUUCCAAUCUGAGCCUGUAAGGAUUUUUGAUCUUGAUGGUAGGAACACUCAAUCUUUUGGUGCGGGAAACUUGAAUGUGGAAAGAAAUCCUAAAUAUGGAGAUAUGUUCUCGGUCAGCAUAUCCAAGUUGCAUACUAUUAAUGAUCCCUUGUCAUGUCCCAAUCGUGCUGGAAUUGGAAAUGCGAAUCAAGUCAAGAGCUCUGAGAAUGAGAUGUCUAUAGCAUUCAAACACUCUUACAUGUGGGGAGAUAUUUCAAGGGGUACAACCUAUAAUAAGAGUGCUAACAACAUCUUUUCGGGCCCAACUUGUAGUAAAGGGGAUGAGAGUAUCACUCCAUGGAAACCGGCCAUUAAUAAUGCAAAUGCCAAUUUCAUUUCAACGGGUAACGCCAACAACGGAGAUGGCAGUUUCGUGUUGAUGGGCCGUAAGUUUAACAAGAUAGGUGACACAGUCAUUUCAAUGCCCCUAGUAAAAGGAGAUGGCAAUAUCAUUUCAACAGAUCCUGCUUUUAACAAGGGAUUUGAGAACGUCGUCUUGAUGGAUCCCUCCCAUAAUAAUGCUCAUCAAAAUUUUAUUUCAAUGGGAUAUACAAGCAACAAUAAUGUCAUUUCAACAGGUCCAACCCCUGACAAGGCAGAUACAAGUGUUCUACCUAUGCAUACCAACUAUGACAAGGGGAGUUCCAGCAUGCAAUCUAUGGGUCGGAAAUACAAUAGGAGUCCGAAAAAUGCUACUAUAAUUUUUGGUGGCUGUCAGGAUAAACCUGAUACAAAUCCCUCCGGGAGGACUAACAGGUAUGAUUUGUUGACAAGUCAACCAAGACAGAAAGCUUUAGUUGUGUGUAAUAAUGAUGCAAUUGUAAAUGUUGCUCCAUCGGGUACCUCUAGAACUCGUGCUGUCCCGAAGAGAGUGAGAAAGAGGCCUAAUAGACCUAACAAGCCAUCUCAAAACGAAUUCCCUUCGCAUGUCAAAAGCUUGUUAACAACUGGUAUAUUUGAUGGCGUUCCUGUGAAUUAUUAUAACUGGACACGGCAGAAUAGUCUUAAAGGAGUUAUAAAAGGGACUGGUUAUUUGUGCGGAUGCAAUAACUGCAAGUACUCCAAGAUUCUCAAUGCUUUUGAGUUUGAGCAUCAUGCUGGUUACAAGACCAAACACCCAAAUGAUCACAUAUACUUUUUUAAUGGAAAGACCAUUUAUGCUGUUGUCCAAGAGCUGAGGGCCACACCUAAAGAUAUGUUGUUUGAAGCGAUUCGGAAUGUGACUGGAUCUCCUAUUCAUGAGAAGAAUUUUCGAAUUUGGAAAGAAUCAUAUCAAGCUGCAACACGUGAACUUCAGCGUAUCUAUGGAAAGGAAAAAGUGACCAAGCCAACUGAAUAA